CACACAACCAGGAAGUAACUGCUUCAUUUCAGAGAAACAGAAACUUUCCAGAUCACUAAGAAAAUGGCAGAGGCCAGUAUUUCAGUAGAUCAGGAUCAGUUCAGCUGUCCAGUGUGUCUGGAUCUCCUGAAGGAUCCAGUGACUAUCCCGUGUGGUCACAGUUUCUGUAAGGUGUGUAUUAAUGACUGCUGGGAUCAGGAGGAUCAGAAGGGGGUCUACAGCUGUCCUCAGUGCAGACACACGUUCACUUCAAGGCCUGUUCUACACAGAAACAACAUGCUGGCUGAAGUGGUGGAGAAACUGAAGAAGACUGAAGUCCGAGCUGCUUCUCCUGCUCACUGUUACGCUGGACCUGGAGAUGUGGAAUGUGAUUUCUGUAGCGGGAGGAAACACAAAGCCGUCAAGUCGUGUCUGAUGUGUCUGGCCUCCUUUUGUGAAACUCAUCUGAAACCUCAUUAUGAAGUUCCUUCCUGGAAGAAGCACAAGUUAAUCGAAGCGUCUGGAAAUCUACAAGAGAAGAUCUGCUCUGAGCAUGAUAAAGUCCUGGAGAUCUACUGUCGUACCGACCAAAGCUUCAUCUGUUAUCUGUGUGUGACGGAUGAACACAGAAGCCACGACACCGUCUCAGUUAAAGCCUACAGAACUGAACAACAGACUGAGCUGAAGGAGGAGCAGAUGAAAUUCCAGCAGAGAAUCCAGGAGAAGCAGAAGAAGGUGCAGGAGCUGAAACAGGAUGUGAACAUUAUAAAGCUCAGUGCACAGACAGCAGUAGAUGACAGUGAGAAGAUCUUUACUGAGAUGAUCAGCUCCAUGGAGAAAAAGCGCUCGGAGGUGACGGAGCUGAUCAGAGAUCAGGAGAAGGCUGAACUGAGUCGAGCUGAACGACUCCUGGAGCAACUGGAGCAGGAGAUUUCUGAUCUUCAGAGGAGAAUCACUGAGCUGGAGCAGCUUUCACACACACACGAUCACAUCCAUUUCCUCCAGGAAAUAAAGGUACAUUACAUCCACAUUUCCAGGAGGAAUAUGAAGGUUUUAGCCUCCAGACAUCAGAGUCCCAAAACCGACAGACCAAAUGUUCCAGCUGAUGUGUGUGAAGAUUCACUCAGCAUCAAUGUCAAUAUCUCAUUUGAUGCAGUGAGGAAAUCUCUCUCUGACCUGAAAAAGAGACUUGAGGAAUUCUGCCAGGAGGAAUUGAUCAAAAUCCGUGAACAUGCUGAGAACAUUCAGAUUUUACUCUCAGAACCAACAAGCAGGAACGAGUUUCUGAAAUAUUUCUGUGAUCUGACUCUGGAUCCCAACACAGUAAAUUAUUACCUCAUUCUGUCUGAGAAGAACAAAGUGGUGACACGCAGUGAGACAAAGCAGCCGUACUCUGAUCAUCCAGAGAGAUUUAAAUACUUCAGCCAGGUGUUGAGUAAAGAGAGUGUGUGUGGACGCUGUUACUGGGAGGUGGAGUGGAGCAGUGAUGGUAAUGUGUUAAUAUCAGUCUCAUAUAAAGAUAUCAGAAGGAAAGGACGGGGUGAUGAGUGUUGGUUUGGACACAACAAUCAGUCCUGGAGUCUGGAAUGUUCUUCUUCUUCUGUUAAUUUCUGGCACAACAACGUUAAAACUGAUCUCAAAGUUCCAUCAUCCUCCAGAAUAGGAGUGUAUGUGGAUCACAGUGCAGGAACUCUGUCCUUCUACAGCGUCUCUGAUACGAUGAAGCUCCUCCACAGACUCCACACCACAUUCACUCAGCCUCUAUAUGCUGGAUUCAGGUUUUUCUUUUCGAAACCAGGAUCAUCUAUGAGGUUGUGCAGUCCAAAAGAAUAAUAGUUGGUGUUUUAUGGUCUGUAAUUUGGAGCUGAAAGAAACAUGUGCUAGGAAAUAAAUAAAAAAGUGAUUUGUUUGUAUCAUUGUAAAAAUCAGAUUUAAAAAUGAUAAUUAUGCUUUGGUAAAAUAUAUAAAUCUAUUUUACACCUUAAAAUGUCUAUGUACGUGGUGGUAUUUAAAAAAGGAUCGAGACGAA